ACAUCACUUUGGUUCACCAAUGAACCAAUACUAUCCCCGUGACAUAUUUCAUUCAUUCUAAUCAAUUUUAAAGGAUAUUGUGCCUCCACUCUGCAACCUGAAGGCAUAUGGGACAUAUGUGGACUUGGAUAUCCCCACUAGACAGACUAGACUUGAGCCACAUAGAGCUGAUGGUCUCAGUGUGAAGGAGCUACGCAAAGGGGACCGGAUUCCAUGCCAACAACAACAACAACAGCAGCAAUGGCAGAAGCAGAGAUGCGUCAGAGGCUACUGUGCACGGUCAAGAAGGAGGUGAAGCAGAUCAUGGAGGAGGCUGUCACCAGGAAGUUUGUACAUGAAGACAGCAGCCACAUUGUCUCGUUUUGUGCUGCGGUGGAGGCUUGCGUUCUACAUGGGCUUAAGCGGCGAGCGGCGGGAUUCCUGCGUAGCAACAAGAUAGCAGCGCUCUUCAUGAAGGUGGGGAAGAGCUUCACCCCGGCAGAGGAGCUGUGCAGGAAGGCUCAGGAGCUGGAACAGAUCAUCGAGCGCAAACGGAACCAAAGCAUGCCCAACCAGGACAGCGUACGGAGACUGCCCAGGCUGUCGAGCAUCAGCCCGCAGGUGGUCAGAAACCUGUGGAUCCGCACGGCCCUCAUCGAGAAGGUGCUAGACAAGAUCGUGCUCUACCUCGUGGAGAACAGCAGUAAAUUCUACGAAAAAGAGGCCAUUCUGAUGGAUCCGGUGGACGGACCCAUUCUGGCCUCUUUGUUAGUGGGGCCCUGUGCCUUGGAGUACACGAAGAUGAAAACGGCGGACCACUUCUGGACAGACCCCUCAGCAGACGAGCUGGUCCAGAGACACCGCAUCCACAGUGGUCACUGCAGACAGGACUCCCCCACCAAGAGGCCUGCCCUUUGUAUCCAGAAGAGGCAUUCCAGUAGCAGCAUUGAUGAGCGGCCUUCCCCCUCGCCCUCAGCCCGGGACUAUGUGGAGUCACUGCACCAGAACAACAGAGCCACCCUGCUGUUUGGAAAGAACAACGUCCUGGUGCAGCCGAGGGAUGACAUGGAGGCUAUCCCAGGAUACCUUUCUCUGCACCAGACCGCCGACAUCAUGACGCUGAAGUGGACUCCCAAUCAGCUGAUGAACGGCUCUGUGGGAGACCUGGACUAUGAGCACAGUGUGUACUGGGAUUACGCUAUGACCAUCCGUCUGGAGGAAAUUGUUUAUUUGCACUGUCAUCAGCAGGUGGACAGCGGGGGCACGGUGGUGCUGGUGAGCCAGGACGGCAUCCAGAGACCCCCACUGCGCUUCCCUAGAGGGGGGCAUCUGCUCCAGUUCCUCUCCUGCCUGGAGAAUGGCCUCUUGCCCCAUGGCCAGCUGGAUCCUCCGCUCUGGUCCCAGAGAGGAAAGGGGAAGGUGUUCCCUAAACUGAGAAACAAGUGUUCACAGGGCUCCUCGGACUCAGUGCCCGAUAAGGAGGAGGAUGAGGCCACAGACUAUGUCUUCCGCAUCCUGUUCCCCAACAGCCAAUCAGAGUUUGUGACUAUAACGCACCCUCCCCGUGUUUCCCCGGGGGCUCCUCUCCUGUCUCGCUCCUUCUCCCUCCAUCUGAGAGGACAGCCCCCGACCAAAGGGAUCUUGGUGGUCCCUAAGCGCUCCUGCAGCUAUCCCAGAGACCACUCCUCAACCACCACAGGGAACAGCUUGGCUCCAGAGCUGAUGGACCAGGGGGCCAACAUAUGGCAGCCCAUCCCCAGGAAGUCCUCCUACUCAUCCUGUACCCAGGGCAGCUUCUCAGAUGGAGGACCCCCCAACGGUUGCAACCACGAAAGAGCCCCUUUGAAGCUGCUGUGUGACCAAAUGAAGUAUCAGAUCAUCUCCCGGGCGUUCUACGGCUGGCUAGCUUAUUGUCGUCAACUGUCCACUGUACGUACACACCUCUCGGCCCUGGUCAACCACACCAUUGUGGCGCCCGAUGUGCCCUGCGAUGCCUUCACGGGCCUUACUGCUGAGGUGUGGCAGAGGUUCCUUCAGGACUGCACUGCCUAUAACGAGCAGGAGCUGCUGCGCCUGGUGUACUUCGGCGGUGUUGAUCCUUCGCUGCGUAAGGAGGUGUGGCCCUUCCUCCUGGGCCACUACCAGUUUGGCAUGUCUGAGUCUGACAGGAAAGAGGUGGAUGAGCAGGUGCGGGCGUACUACGAGCAGACGAUGAGCGAGUGGCUGGGCUGCGAGGCCAUCGUGCGGCAGCGGGAGAAGGAGCAGCAUGCAGCGGCGCUGGCCAAGUGCUUGUCUGUCUCGUCCAGCGUGGAUAAUCCAAACCCUGUCCAGAGGAGGAUCCACCAUGACUCCAGCAUCAGCAAUGAGUCCUCCCGGAGCUGCAGCUCAGACAGACAGAGCCUGGCUCGCCUGCAGAGUGACUCCAGCAGCAGCACCCAGGUGUUUGAGUCUGUGGAGGAGGUGGAUCAGAUCGAGACCGAGCCCAAGAGCAAAGAGGCCAAACAGGUGCCCAAGAUCCCCAAUGGAGGAGCCCUGCCCAACGGGACCAGCUCCCCAGACUCGGGGCACCCCUCCUCUCGCAACUUCUCAGUCACCUCGGGCCUGUCAGACCGCUCUCUGAGCACAGAGGACAGCACUGCACCUGACACCACCCCUAAAAACAUCACCAGCACUCCUUCACAGUUGGCCCCAGCCCCACAGAGCCCAGUCAAAGCCCAUGAUGAAGAGUUGGAGGCAGAUAGCCCAAAAGCCCAACCCCCGGCCCUGCAGGAGGAGAAGGACCUCCAGGCCAAGGACCCACCAGAGAAGGAAGAAAAAGAGAGUGCGACCGAAGUGACCCAGGAGAUUGAGGGCAACGAGACAGAAGUGCCAGAUAUAGAAAUAGACAAAAAUACAGUGACAGUAGAGCCAGUGGAAACAGAAAUGCCAGAAGUAGAAAUUGACAAAAAGACAGAGAAGUCAGAGGUGCCAGAGAUUGAAAUGGACAAAAUAACUGAGACAAGGAAGGACAAGGCAGCAGACCUAGGUGCUUUAGAGAGCCAGAAAAUAGAGGCAGAAAAUACUUCCGGGACUGAACCUGCCGAGACAGAAGAGGUAAGGAUCAAUGAAAAGAGGGACAUUGAGUUACCGAAAGCAGAAGUGGAUGCUGUAGAAGAAAGGGUGGAGUCCAAAACAGAUGAGUUCAAAACAAUCGAGGCUAAAGUGCCUGAGACCGAAGUGGUGAAAAUGUUGGAUGGAGAGCCAACCAUGCCAGCAGACACAAAGGAGUUGCAGUCACUGGUACCAGAGACAUUGAAAACUCGAGAGUCAAGAGAAACCGAGGACGAAGGAUCAGAACCAGAGUCUGUAGAUCCAGAAGAGAAUGAAACAUCCCAAACAAACCAUAGAGAGCCAAAAGAGGAGAAGGCAUUGACAUCAACGAUGACUGCAGAAGCAAUGGAGGACAAGACAUCAGAACUCGAGGAUGAGCGAACUUCAGAGGCUGGAGAAACAAAGAGUGCUGAAACAUCAGAAGUAAAGGAAGCCGAAGGAAAGACUAUGGAAAAGACAGAAACUGAGAAAGAAGUAGAAGCCAAUGAGACUUUAAAAUUUGAAGAGGUAACCGAAACAAAGGUGGUCCAGACGGUGUCACACAAAGAUGUUUCAGAGGAAAAUGUGGAGGACAUUACAAAAUCUAAGGAAGUGGGAAAAAGAGAGGAGGAGGAGACCAAGCGGCCAGAGAGGGAGAAGAAUACAAGCCCCGAGGCAGACACCAGGGUGGCCACCACAGAAUCUGAGGAGUCUCCUUCAGCCAUUGAGAUGGCAAAAAUCUCCAUUGCCCCACUGUGGGACAGGAUGGGUCCGUGUGAUAGUUCCGGGGUCGGGGCUGCUCUCUCUGAGGGCUCAGUCCCCCAUCUGGAGCUCCAACUGGAGGAGGAGGAGCACUGCAAAACCAGCCCAGAGGGCACAGAGUCCAACUUGUCUGAGGAGCCCGAGAUGGAGAGCAUCUUCCCACAAUUUGACUCACUGACCGUGGGCAGAGAGCUGAAAAACGAGGACAUCUCUCCAGUGUCAUCCAUCGGAACCACCUAUUCUCAAGAGCUUUUGGACAUGUACACGAUGAACCUGCACCGCAUUGAGAAGGAUGUCCAGCGAUGUGACAGAAACUACUGGUACUUUACCCCUGCCAACCUGGAGAAACUGCGCAACAUCAUGUGCAGCUAUAUCUGGCAGCACCUGGAGAUUGGCUAUGUGCAGGGCAUGUGUGACUUGCUGGCUCCCCUCCUUGUCAUUCUGGAUGAUGAGGCCAUGGCCUUCAGCUGUUUCACUGAGCUCAUGAAGCGGAUGAAUCAGAACUUCCCCCAUGGCGGUGGCAUGGACACUCAAUUUGCCAACAUGCGCUCUCUCAUCCAGAUCCUGGAUUCGGAGCUCUUUGAGCUCAUGCACCAAAAUGGCGACUACACCCACUUCUACUUCUGCUACCGAUGGUUCCUUCUAGACUUAAAGCGUGAGCUGGUGUAUGACGAUGUGUUUGCGGUGUGGGAGACCAUCUGGGCAGCAAAGUACGCCUCCUCUGGCCACUUUGUCCUCUUCAUCGCUCUGGCACUGGUGGAGGUCUACCGGGACAUCAUUCUGGAGAACAACAUGGACUUCACCGACAUCAUUAAGUUUUUCAACGAAAUGGCUGAGCAUCACAACAGCAAGCAGAUCCUGACACUGGCACGGGAACUGGUGUGCAAGGUGCAGACUCUCAUUGAGAACAAGUGAUCUCCAGGAGUCAUUCACUUCUCUUCCCCAACAGUCUUUCUCAAACAUAGAGAUAGAUAGAGGACUCAUAUUUGUAUCUGUUCCAUUAUAGCGUCUGUGACAGCAUGGGCAGUGCCGUUGAGGCUAUCUCCAUUUCAAAGUAGUCCAUUUUCUUCUUUACGAUUGGCUGAUCCCUCCUGAUGACACGGUGCUGCCCAUGCUAAAUCAGCGUUUUGGCUAAUAGAGACCUCUAUCGUUCUCUAUGGUCAGUUUGAACAGCUGCAACCGAACAGAGAGAUCAGGGUCCAGUUCAUUAGGCACCAAAUGGAAUAAAACAGACGUAGGGAGGCACUACUUAGACUAGUCCUAUAAGAAACUGUCACUUUCAUUUUCAGUCACCAAAUGUUUUAAAACGUUUUCAAUUGCGUGCCUUGAUGUACAUGACUGAGAUGUGCUCCACUGUUCACUACCUUCUCCUUAUCUAUGUAAUACCAGCCAGGGUAUAACAUUUCAUGCUAUACCGGUACUCUGUCAUUUCAGGUCAUGUCAUGGAACACCAAGGGAAUGGUGACUUUUCCCUCCAGUUAUUCUGUCAGUGAAAGUUUGAUUUAUUUUUAAUUGUUAACUGUGACAUAUACUUAGUCAUCAUAGGAUGUGUAUGUGGUAUGCCUUGUAUACACUGGCCUGUCUUGAUUGAAGUGGGGUUAGAAUAUACAGACCCAGUUCAAAUGAAUAUAGAAAAAAAAUUCUGCCAUAGUUACUCAAGAACUGAAUAUCGGUUAACCAUUUUAUUUCAUUUUGUCAAAAUAAGAUUAACAAUUAGUCCUGGAAUAUUUUAAGAUGUGAUAGUUACCAUGAAUCUUUACUAAAUGCAAUUCAGUACAGGAGUAGGAUUGACCUGGUUGAGUGAAAUGUCCAUAAUGUUUGAGUUUAAACUUACAUUUACAGCCUGUCUGGAGCAGUAGUUUACCUACGUAAAUUAGUUGACAGGUAAGGUACCUACCAGAUGUGUUGAAUAAGUAGACUACCUCGUAAGUAACCUUGUCCCAAGUAAGUUGUUAUUGCAUGUAGGUAGGUGUUAUAUCACAAUAUAUUUGAGAAUUUCUUUAAACUGAAAUGAAGAAAAAUUAUUCAUUGGGUUGCUUAAAGCUGAAAUCAGCAGUAGAAACAAUAACAGAGCAAUAUCCCCACCCCUGUUUUGGUAAAAAUCUGAGGGAUGGGGUUUGAGAAAUGUAACCACUCUCAAAUUCAUAGACAGAGCUAUGGAUGCAAGGACUGAUCCAUCCAUGAUACAUUUAUUUAACUAGAAAAGUCCGUUAAGAAUUCUUAUUUACAAUGACGGCCUACCCCGGCCAAACCUGGACGACGCCGGGCCAAUUGUGCGCCGCCCUAUGGGACUCCCGAUCACGGCCGGUUGACCCUUUAAAGAUAGAAUGGUAACUUCUUACGCGGAGACAUGAAAAGUCAGACAGUUAAAAUAGUUUUUUCCUCUUCCUUCCAUCUUUGAUUAAAUCACUGGUUUCUACAUCAUUUGUAUUUGUUAAACUCCCAAAUCAGCCAGGUCCUAACAGACACUUGCCACUUGUCUGUAUCCCCUGUAAACCUGUGUGUAUGGGCACGACGUGUGGCACUGCACACUGGUAGGAGUCAUGAAUCAGUUGGAACCAUGUCAGUCAUUUAGUAAUGGGCAUAGUUUUGAGUAUUUCUCAUUCUGCCUUUUGUCUAUUCUAUAUUAUGUCUCUGUAUACUGUUGUGUAUUAAUUGUACUUUAAUGAGAACUACACAAAGGCAAUUUUAAACCUUCAAUCUUCAAAAUAUAUUUAUGAUACAUAUAUGAUCGUACAUGUGACUUAUAGUUGUCUGAGCAGAAAUGGGUCCCAAAAAAACAGUUGACUAUUUAACAUUGGUCUUAUUUCUUUUUAAAUUAUUGAUAUACUCCAGUGAGCCACUCUAUAUUAUGUCAGCUGUGUUGCUUUCUCAGAACCUCGUCUUGUCUUCUGGCAUUUCAUGUUCCACUGUUCUUUUAAUCCACUUCUUAAUGUUUUUUUUUUGUCUUUUGGAGAGGUGGUUGGCUGCAUUUGCAGAGAGAGUGGAAAUAGGAUUCCAAAAAGAAUGAUGUAUUCAGUUUUGCUUUACAAGUUGGAACAUAAUGGUGAAUAUCCUACUAGAUAUCCCAGCUAUUGUGCUCUGUGACAAUUGCCAAUCAUGGUUGCCAAUUUAAGGUUGGGGGAUGCUUAGAUCCCUGGCCAGCAAGAGCAAGACGGAUAUGGAUAUGGCCUUAGAAAUCCAUUUAAAACGGGUGAAUCUAGGAAACAUAUGAAGGAUUAGGGUGUUUUAGUAUAUCUUGAAGUAGCCUGGCUAGUUAAGAUUUUUGUGGGGAACAUGUGUGCGCUGUCAUUCCCUUAAACUAAUGCUAAUUGUAAAUUAAUAUAUUUCGUGGACCACCAUUCCUGUUUCCCAUUGCCUAGGUAGAACAUCAUUUCAGUUCUACCAGUGUUGUUUCAUGAAUGUGUUGACACCUGUUGCAUUGAGUAUUGAUGGUUCUCUGUGAAGGCAAACUGCUGUAUGUUACACCAGAAUUAGAAAACCAAACAAUUGUAUUAUCUUCUAACAUCUAUUUAUUAGUUAACAUAUUUAUUUAUUUAUUCAUGAAGUUUCUGCUUUUGUAUGUAAAGGUUAUAUACUUGUUACUUUGUGGUCAGUAAAAUAAAAUAUAAUGAAAACAAUCAAAUUCAAAAUAUAUAGAUAUUAAAUGGUAUAUGUAUUUGUAAAAAAA